AUGGCGGCUGUGCCGCAGACGACACUGACAUGGCUCUGGAAUGUGCUGACCAAGAACCACUACGAUCCGAACCAGACGUAUCGCGAUCCUAGUCGGACCUACCACGAUGUCGUCAGAGCCCUUGCGCAGUACCCAUCGCUUGGACCUCGGACAGAUGUUCAUAUCGAGUCUGACAGGGAUGUUCGUCCAGCCUUUGAGAAUGGCACCUCCGCUCUCCUCCUCCACCUUGUCGGCACAUUGCCCGUCUCCUUUCGGGGCACAGUCUAUCAUUUCCCCAUAGACGUCUGGAUUCCGAAUAUCUAUCCCCUCGCGCCUCCAAUUGUCUACGUUACCCCGACGGCGGAGAUGGUUGUGCGGGUGGGCCAGCAUGUGACGCUGGAGGGAAGGGUCUAUCAUCAUUAUCUGGCGCAUUGGGCAGAAGCGUGGGAUAGAUCGUCGAUCGUCGAUCUUUUGACCAUUCUUCGCGAGGUCUUCUCAAAGGAACCGCCUGUCAAAUACAAGACUCCUCAGACGCAACGACCAUCUCAGCCUUCGCAGACGCAGACGCAGACGCAGACGCAGUCACCACCUCCUGUGCCUCCUCUUCCUCCAGAGCUGUCUCCCUCAACGCGCCAGACUCCGCAACAACAGACUCCUCAAAAACCUCCUCAGCUACCUCCCAAGCCAGGCCAGGUCCCACAGCAAGAAAGACCACAACAAGUAGCUGCUCCUUCAGGCGCGUCGCAUACCUCACCACCGCCCGUCCCCCCAUUGCCACCAAAAACAGAGGAUCCCCGACGCCAGUCUUUCUACCAACAAAAUCCCAACGGUGCCAUAGAUCAUGCCGCAUCGACAUACUUGCCUCAGAGGUCAAGCAGUCUGAGAGCCGCCACAGCGUCUCCCCCGGCGCAGCAACCUCAGGUCCCGGCCGUGCCACCAAAGCCAGGCCACCGCCAGGAUGCUGUCUAUCCGCCGGAGACAGCCACUCCAGGGUCUCCUUUACAGCGGACGGCCAACCCAGCAGGACAUCCUCAGAAUAUUGGCUAUGAAUCGCAACAACGGCAGAUGCCUGGAUUUGCUCAGGGCCAGUUUGCGAGAUACCAACAACCCCAGUCUUUCCAACCCGUGGCUCAUCAGCCAUUUCCACCGCAGCAACAAGCGCAGUAUCGCCCAUCUCAACAGACCGCACCUACACCUGCGCCUGCACCCACACCCGCACCUGUAUCAGCACCUACACCUGCACCAAAACAGGAGACUCCAGAUCUGCUGACCUCGCCGUUCGAACUCGAACUCCCUUCGAUCACGCCUUCUGGCCCCGCGCCACCUUUCCCACCGAACCCGGAGAAAGACGCGCUUCUCCGCACGCUGUCGCGGACACUGACCGAGCGGCUCCAGUCGAGCAUCGCCCAGUCGCGAUCGGCGAUCCAGCCGCUGCAAUCGCAAGCGCAAGCCCUGCAAGCGGCCAUGGCAACGCUGCAGGGCGAAAUCGCCGCGCUGAACAAUUUCCAGGCGACGCUACAGUCCAACAUCAGUAUUCUGCAGCAGUCGCUCCAUCGCGCCGAUGCCGUGAUCGCAGACGCCCAGGCUCGCAUCUCCCAACCUCCUCCCGCUCCUCCUUCUUCUCAUCCUCCUCCUUCAUCCUCGUCUCCCGAACCAGGGCCCUCUACUACUGCAGCAGCUACGACGACAACGACAACGACAACGACAACGACAACAACGACAACGACACCAACCGGCCUCCCACCCAUCGACGACGUCCUCGUCGCGCCAACCGUCGUUGGCAAGCAGCUCUACGACCUCGUCGCAGAUGAGCGCGGCAUCCAGCAGGCCAUCUACGCGCUGCAGGCGGCGCUGGUGAAGGGCGUGAUCAGCGUGGAGACGUGGUCGCGGCACACGCGGGGCCUGGCGCGCGAGGCGUUCAUCAAGCGGGCUCUGAUAAGAAAGAUAGGGAAGGGGAUGGGAUUGGAUAUGGAUAUGGAUCUGCAGGAUCGGGGUGGUCAUCAUCAUGAUCUUCGUGAUCGGGAGUCAUGA